AAUUGCCUAGGAUAGAGCUUAACAAUUUCUCUAAUAAUGCAGCAAAAUAAUUGACCACUCAAAAUCAUUCCAUUUGAUAAGAAUAAAGAAGGGAAAGUGGUUUGGGAACACAAAAACAAAAUCUAAAAUGAUAAGGUUUAGUUCGUAUUACAGUACUGGCAAUACCACCAAUACUACUACCACUGUUACUAUCCUUCUUCUUGCGCUUCUGUUACACAACUCCUCUACCCACCUUGUCCUCGCAACAUCUAGUUCCAUCGUCAAGUUCCUUCCUGGUUUUCAAGGACCUCUUCCUUUCCUACUAGAAACUGGCUACAUUCAAGUCGGUGAAAAUGAUGAUACUGCUGAAGUGUUCUACUACUUCAUAGAGUCUGAGAAUAAUCCUAAGGAAGAUCCUCUCUUGCUUUGGCUUACCGGCGGUCCUGGUUGCUCCUCCCUUACUGGUCUAGCAUUUGAAAUAGGUCCAAUAGCAUUUAAAAAUGAAGAAUACAACGGAAGCUUACCAAAUUUGGUAUUGAAGCCUCAUUCAUGGACAAAGGUAAGUAGUAUUAUAUUUUUGGAUUUGCCUGUGGGUACUGGAUUCUCUUAUCCCAAUACACAAAAAGCUGCUCAACAAAGCACGUCGAAGCUUGUUCACAACGCACAUCAAUUUCUUAGGAAGUGGCUGAUUGAUCAUCCACAAUUCAUCUCAAAUCAAGUGUACAUUGCUGGUGACUCAUAUUCUGGCCUACCUGUCCCAGUUAUUGUUCAAGAGAUUUCAGAUGGAAAUGAAGGUGGUCUCCAACCAUGGAUAAACCUUCAAGGAUAUAUACUAGGAAAUCCUGUAACAACACCAGACUACAAAAGUUACGAAAUACCAUUUAAUCAUGGCAUGGCAAUGAUUUCUAAUGAACUUUACGAGUCAUUACUGAAGAACUGUGGAGGCGAGUAUACAAAAAUAGAUCCUCAAAACGUGCUUUGUCUAAAAGACCUUCAAUCCUACCAAGAGACUAUUUCAGGAGUGAAUCCAGUUCAUAUUUUGGAACCAAAUUGUGAGGUUGAUUGGUAUGAUUCACGUGAACUUUCUAGAAAAAUGCUUCUGAUUCAAAAUGCUUCUCCCACACUGCCACCUUUAAGUUGUCGGAGUUAUGGAUAUAUUCUCGGUAGCUAUUGGGCUAACGAUGACAAUGUUCGCAAUGCGCUACACAUACGAAAGGGAAGUAUAAGAAAAUGGAAUCGAUGUGAUUUUAGCAUUCCUUUUAAGCAUGAAGUCAUUAACAGCUUCCCCUAUCAUGUAAAUCUUAGUCGAAAAGGUUAUCGUUCAUUAAUAUACAGUGGGGAUCAUGACAUGAUCGUUCCAUUCUUGCAUACUCAAGCAUGGAUAGCAUCUUUAAACUACUCCAUAGUCGAUGAUUGGAGGCAAUGGUAUUCGAAUGGUCAAGUAGCAGGAUAUACAAGAACUUACACAAAUCGAAUGACUUUUGCGACUAUAAAGGGGGGAGGACAUACGGCUCCGGAGUACAAGCCUAAAGAAUGCUUCGCCAUGUUGAGUAGGUGGCUAUCGAAUAAGAAAAUCUAAAAAUUAUAUAAUAUUCACAUGAUUCUAACACUUGUGUUCCUCGAAAAUCGAUUCUUUUUUCAUGCUUAAGAAAUCUAUGUCAAUACAAUUUGGUGUUAUAGUUUUACAUCAUUAUUAAUGCAAAAGCUAAAAAUGAGUAUACAUACUACAUUUUUUAAUAAACUCUUUUAGUAUUUAAUAAAAUCUCAAAGGUUUAACA